AGUUGCUCACUGACAUGCUUUGCAAAGCUGGAAAAUUUCGAGAUGCUCUCUAUAUUGAGGAACUGGGACGAGCAACAGUCCUCGCAGAAUUCAUGGCAGACAAGUACUCCCUGGAAAGCCACAUCUCAGCUGAUCCACAAUCAUGGUUCGGGAUUGAAAACAUCGUGAGAAGAGAAAGUAACCGUGUUUGUUUGUACAUUUCGUAUAGAGAGCGGCAAGUUCUUCUCUGGGUAUUGAAAUCAAGUGGAGACAUUUGCUUUCGAGUAACAGAUCAAGUGAAAAACACCACCCUUAUUGCUGAGCAAGUUUGUGAAGUGGAAGGAGUUUUCAAAAAGAGCGCCGCCGGCUAUGGCGUUUUACCUGCAGCGAACUGCGAGGAUCGAUCUUUGAAUGGCAACGUAACGACAUCUCUUCAUGUAGAGGGCCGAGCAAUUUUGCGACGUGUCGAAACCAACGAUACCGAAAGAACUCAUCAAUUGUGCUACAAAUGGAUCGUCGCACCUGUGGUAGAUCUACUAACGGAACCUGAAGUCAUCAUUGUGCCGGAUCGAUUCUUGUACCGUGUCCCAUUUGCUGCCUUGCGUGAUGAACCAACCGGAAAGUAUUUGUCGGAGAAGUACAGAAUACGCAUCGUCCCCUCUCUGACUACUCUCCGUCUUAUUCAAGAAUGUCCAGCGAACUAUCACAGUCUAACGGGUGCACUGGUUGUGGGUGAUCCUAAGGUUGGCAAAGUGCAUUACAAUGGUCGUCUCGUUGAUAUUACACCAUUGUUCUGUGCAUCUGAGGAAACAAAGAUGGUUGGUCGGCUGCUGGGCGUUCAGCCUUUGUCAGGAAGUCGUGCGACAAAGCAGGCAGUACUUCAAGCAAUACCCUCAGUGAGUCUGAUACAUCUUGCUGCACAUGGAAAUACCGAAAGAGGAGAGAUUCCUCUCUCUCCUCAAUCUACAUCUAACAAUACUCCACAAGAGGAAGAAUACCUCCUAACAAUGUCCGACAUUGAAGGGAUUCAAGUGCGAGCUAAACUGGUUGUACUCAGCUGUUGCCACAGUGGGCGUGGAUUGGUUAAAAAGGAAGGAAUUAUUGGAAUCGCUCGAGCAUUCUUAGCGUCCGGUGCUCGUUCAGUGUUGGUAGCAUCGUGGGCUAUCGAAGAUAAAGCAACGGCGCAGCUCAUGAAACAUUUCUAUAAAUACCUUGUUCGUGGAGAAAGUGCCAGUGAAUCUCUUCACCAGGCCGUUCAAUGGUUGAGAAGCAACGGCUUUCGCAAACCUUCCCAAUGGGCUCCGUUUGUGCUUAUGGGGGAUAACGUGACAUUUGAUUUUAUGAAAAAAGGCGCGAAAGAAGAACUCGAGGAGGACAACAAUAAGACAGAGAAGGAACAACUCGAGGAGCACAACAAUGGGACAGAGAAGCAACAGACUAACGACUGAUCUCACAGAAAUAUUCUUCUUCCUGCCAUUAACACUAAACUAGGACACUGGUAUAUUUUGCGUAGAUAUAUUUAGUCUUUUUUUUUUAAAAAAAAUUAGUAGUAGGUUUUUGUAUGCUUUAUGUAUGCUUUAUGUAUACAUUACUGAAUUGAUAGCGCCGAGAGAAGAUGAAACCUGAAGUUCAUUAAUAUUAAGUAUAUCAAUAGAGCACUAAAAUAUUUUGGAUUGGGAAACUUGAACGCAAGAAAUCAGCUGAAAUUUUAAAAAUAUGAGAAGAUAAGAUCAAAUUUAAACAACAUUAAGGUGUGUAUCACGCGGCAAUCUGAUUGGCGCGUGAUACACACCCUAAUGCAGCGAUCUGAGUGGUGUGAGCAAAAUACCACUCUUUACCUAAAAAAAUUAACCCAAAAAGGAGACUCCGUGAUGAUUCAAACAUCAAUUCAUAUUUCGAAUUCCAAUGUUGCAUAAACUAGGAAUAACAAUAGCCUCCUUUGCAGACGUUCUUUGGGUGUCGAAUUAAAAAUUCUCCCCCGACGAACGGGGGAGAAUUUUUAAUUCGACA